AUGAACAAAUUUAGUGCCUUUGAUGCUUUCUUAGACAAUGAUGAUACUCCUUAUGUUGGGGUUAAUACCUUACUUCAAAUGGACGUAAUUGGAGAAGAUGAAUUAUCAACCGAUCAAGUUGGUUCCGAUGAUGUCUUCUUCUUACUCUCUUCUUCUUUUCCAGAAUCGUUAAGUGAUCCUCAUUCUACCCGUUCAUCUCCAGACAUAGUUAAUAAGAGAGAAAGAGAUAGUAAAUCAGUUGAUUUUAGUAUGAAAAAUCAAACUGAAAACCUUCCUAUUAAACAAACCAAUAGUCUUGUCAGUUCUAAUACUGCUUCAAUGCCAGAUAUUCCAUUUUCAAAUCCUUUUUACUUUCCAAUGUUUAAUAAUAGAGAACUUCCUGACUCUCCUCAAAAACAUUUAAAAUAUGGAACAAAGCCUUGUAUUUUCUUUAUGCAAAAUGGGUAUUGUAAGAAGGGAGGAAGUUGUACUUUUUCUCAUGACGUUUCGUCUUUAAACAAUCAUUCUUUUUGUCAACAAAAUUCUAAACAAUUUGUUUCAGUUGACAAAUUAUAUCGUACUAAACCAUGCAAAUAUUUCUUUGAGACGGGAGUAUGUAGAAAAGGAGAGCAUUGUAAUUUUUCACAUGAUUUAAGUCUUAAAGAUGAAUAUUUUAAAGGAAACUUUUAA